GAGUCAAGCAGCUGGAAUGAUGGAAAGGCUGUCCAGAGGGGGAGCCUGAGAACGUGAGCGUGCACACUGAAGCGUCAAGCUUCACACCUCAGUAGGCCUCCGAGCAAGCGGUCCCGGGCGUGGGCCCUAUUCCGGAAGCCAUCCCUAUCGUCCAGCCGCAGUUCGCGGCUAACUUCAUGAAUUUCCUCUAGCAGAUGGCUAGAGCAUACGUUCCACCACCGCCACCACCGCCGCCACCAGUGGCGGUGGUCACCAUCGAGAAGCUCUGGAAGAACGGAGCUGAGGAAUUUCUGGGCGAUCAGAUCGCCGACCCCAUGAUCGCUAAACGGUGGUUCGAACGAACCAUCCGGGUGUUGGGGAACCUAAGGGUUCCACAGGAGCAGCGUGGCGACCUCGCAGUCGCAUUACUUCAGGAUUCCGCCUACGACUGGUGGAAGCGUGUGGGAGAAGACGUCCCGGAGCCCGUGCAGUGGGCCACAUUUGACCGACUCUUCCAUGAAGAGUACAUCCCUGAGCACUUCGUCGUGGCGAAGCGGGAGGAGUUCUUGAAGUUCACCCAGGGUGAACUCACACUACCUGAGUAUCGUCAGAUGUUUGACGAGCUCGCGGGGUUUGGGCAAGACCUCGUACCGACUGUGGAGAAGCGGUGCAAGCGCUUCGUGGAGGACUUACGUCCUGACCUUUCAGCUCAUUUGAUCAUUGCUCCUCGGAGUGACAUCAACGCGUUGUACAAGAAUGCGUUGGAUUUGAAUGAGGCCCUCGUCAAGAAGGCUGAGUUUGAGGAGACGCAGGGGGCGUCAGUGGCAUCAUCUCGUCCUCCUCCACCCCCGAAGGCGGGGAUCAGUGGCAAGAGAUCCUCCGCAGCGCCUAGCAGCUCUCACCAGAGCAAGAAGGUGAAGUCAACCCCAGCCCAGUCAUCUGCAUCCGUCCAGAAGAAGGGCAAAAGCGGUGAUGGGUUCCGUAACCCAAUCUGCGACCAUUGUGGGCGCAGGAAUCCAGGAGAAUGCUGGUACACUCUGGGCUUGUGCCUUGGGUGUGGUCAGGCGGGGCAUUUCCGCAGAGAUUGUCUGAAUAAUCUGGGUGAGGCAUUCUCGACCGCACCGGCCGCUUCAGCCCCAGCAGCACAGCCCACCCAGAGCCAGAAGUCGGCGGCAGCGUCAAGUCAGCCCAAGCGGCAAGCAUCUGGCGCUCAGGCGGGGAAGGCCUCGGCCCGCACUUACGCGAUGCGAGGGCGUACCGAGCAGCCAGCCCAUGACGUCAUCAUGGGUAUGUUUACCUUAUUCGAUACAUCUAUUACAGCCUUGAUUGAUCCGGGUUCCACUUUAUCAUAUGUUUGUAUGCUUAUGCCUGUUAUGCCUAACAUUCUGAGGGAAGUUUUAGACAACCCGGUAAUUGUGUCCAACCCAUUGGGACAUAGUCUGCGACUCACCCAUGUGUAUCACGAUUGCCCAUUAGUGGUCCAGGGAAAGACCUUCCCUGCAAGUCUCAUUGAGCUUCCACAUCGUGAGUUUAAUGUUAUUCUAGGCAUGGAUUGGCUCACCGUCAACCAAGCCGUUGUUAACUGUGGAGCUCAUACUGUUCGACUGAGAGCCGAAGACGGUAGUGACGUACUGAUCCGUGGUGAGCUUCUUCCGAAAGCUCCAGAAUUCAUUUCCUAUGUAAAGCAUUCUUGUGCACAGUGCGUGACACUCGUCAGGAGGUGUUAGGGGUGAACCAGGGGUCUUAUCAAGUUGUUAUUUUUGGAGAUGGAAUUGUGGAAUAAUGAAGGGGAAAUGGG